AUGACUGAUCGAAAAGCUUGGAAUUAAAAAGUAACAGCAUAUAAAAUUAAAUCUUAAGGAAGAUGCAGCUAUAUUACAAUUAGUAAAACAGUAUGGAAUCAAGAAAUGGACAAUAGUAGCUGAGAAAAUGAAAGAAAUCUAUGGUUUAUUUGGUCGUUCAGGAAAAUAAUGUAGAGAACGCUACCAUAAUCACCUUGACCCUACUAUCAAUAAAGAGCCAUGGAGUGAAAAUGAAGAGAGAGUCAUAUUCAUAGCCCACAAAGAACAUGGUAAUAAAUGGGUAGAAUACUGAAACUAUUUAUAGGCUGAAAUUGCGAAACUGUUACCAGGGAGAACUGAUAAUGCAAUUAAAAAUCAUUUUUAUUCAACCCUAAGAAGAAGUUUAAGAAGAAUCAAUAAAUUAAUAGGAGAUAAGAACAGUAAAUCAUAUAAAACUAUAUAUAGUAAAGAAAAGGGUACUUAACAGAUAAAAGAUAUAAAACCUGGAGUAUUAUCAAAGAUUUUCAUUUUGGCAGAGAAAAGUCCAUCAGAAUUAAAAGAUGAUCAUAUGAAAAAGCUUUGUUAAGCUUGUAAAGGACUACAAGACUCUAUAUUAGAAUUUGCAUAAUCUAAACAAAAAUCUUAAAUCAAUUAAUUUAAUGAAGACAAGUUCAAAUAAUUGAUUGAUAAAAUUAUGGACUUUAAGUAUAUUAUAAUAUAAAUAGUAGUGCUCUUUACACUAAAUAAAGAGAAAGUAGAUUGAAAUUAAAAAAGAAGAAUCACAAAAAGAGAAAGAGUAGGAUUGAUGAUGAUGACGAUGAUGAUUAUACAAGUGAUUAUAAAUAUGAAGAGAUAAGUCAUAAGUUUCCCUUAAAAAGGUCUUCAAGAUUAAAUGCUAAAAAGAAAGUGGUAUGAAAUAUAUAUUAUCAAAUAGCAUAUUGACAAAGAAGAUUAUAUAGAUAUAUGCAUAAGAACCAAAAAGGGACCAUUGUAUAAAAUAUUAAGAGAUUAAUUAGAAAUAUAAUAAGUUGAUUAAGAAGUAACAUAUAUUAAAUGAAAUUAGGAAUAAUCUUCAAAUUACUAAUAGUAAUAUGCUUAUGAAUUCUAAGGAACUAAUAGUCCUAAUAAUCAUUAAUUUACACCAGCCUUUCAUGUUUUAACUCCUAGACAAAUAUUCUUUUAAAAACCUACAAACCAAUAUUAAGAUGAUGGAAUCCAUAAUAAUGAUGAAGCUCAAUUAAGUAAAUCUAAUUUUGUUCCUAUUGUGAUAACUAAACAAUAUACUUAAUAUAAGGAUAAGACACUUGAUAACUUAGCUUAAUAAUUAUAAUAAAAGAUUAGUAAUUACUUAAAAUAUGAUUUUAGAUGCAAAUGCUGAUAAAUAUAUUUUUAAUCAUCAAUAAGAUUCUGAUUUAGAAAUUAAUAUUGGUGAUGCUUUCGAAAUCCCUAAGGACUAUAAAUCACCAUCAAGUAAAUUUGGUAUCGGUGGAUAUAGUCCUAGUGCAUUUAGAAAGUAUAAAAAAAAUUAAGAAUCAGGGCUAGUUAACUUCAUGAUAACACCUCAUCAUUAUAAAUGA